AUGGCGGAACAAGCAGGCAUGAAUGCAGUUUAUCACUCAGUUAUUCUCAACAAACCCAUUACUCCCGAAGACGCAGAAGCGCUAGAAGCCAAGAGACUGGAGAUGCUGGCCACAGUCAAGAAGUUCGCCGACACCGCAGCCGCAAUGCUUGAUGAAAGGAAGCACGCCGUAGUUUUUGUGGAAGGCUUUAUCCAGUGCGAGCAGGAGCAGCCGUUGGCCACUCCAAAGGAUAAUAUGCAGAAGGCCGCGGAGAUCUUGAAGAAAAAGGACGAGGAGAUCGACAUCAACUAUCCCAGGCCGGCAGGCCCAGCCGCCCACGCGCGGAGAUGCCCAGGCCCAGGCGCCCAACACUCUCUUCGUCUCGCGUCGGUCGCGGACGGUCUUCGCCUCGGCGGCUCGGCCUCGCACCACGCAACGAACGACGCGACCAGAAGGGCGCCGAACCCUAAUUCUGCUGGCGGCGCCCAUACCUCCGGCCGACCGGCGACGCCCACGUCAACAGCAAGCCUCUGCGGCUCCGCCGGAUCCUCCCGUCCCCAUCCUCUCCGGUCUCCACCAUCUCCAGGGCCUCCGGCCUCCUCGAGCAGUCCUCAUCAUCCUGGUGGUCGCCGCCAGCGCUACUUCGGUGGUUCUCGGCCCUCGCUCGGCCACUUUCUGGCUCCCCACGACGAGGCGCGUCACGCGAGCCCUCUGCCCCAUCCUGGUUUGCCCCCAGGUGCUGGUUCCAUCUCCGACGGCAACAGGAGCUCUCUGACUGCACCUAGUCCGCGCGACCCCGCGCACGCCUCCAAUCGCCCUCGCGCGUGGUGUCCGUCUCGAGCACGUCCACGAGCCCUUGGUGAGACUCUGCUCCUCCUCACGUUUUUCCUGGUUGUCAUCGUUCUCUGUCACCGGCGCGAACUGUCCGUGAAAUUCAGUCAAAACACAUGUCUUGUUCUUCAGUUAACGCCUCCGCGCCUCGCACACGCGCGUGUCCUUCCGGCUAAGCCAGCUAGUUUUGCUAAUGUUUUGCCUGAUAGCUUGCUAGUUAGCUUUGCACCAUGUCAAUCAAUCCACCUGCUAGCCUGCUUGCUUAAGCUAGCUAGUCACGGUAGGGAUAUAUUAGGCAUCCAGCUAUCUGCUUGCUUCAGAUUGGCAUCAACGAUCAACCGAUCCAAUUGCUCGUGUGCAUGCUUAGCUGCUUGUUAUAUAUGUCUCGCCGUUGCAUAG